CGCGCAAGAGAGUGGCUUUGCCACGGCUCGAGUUUGUUAAUCGAAAAACCCUAAAUUUCAAUUUGACCGUGUCUCCAAGAUUCAAAUCCAAAACCUUUUAAAUUUCAUUUCAAGUGUGAAAUACGUUUUUUUUAUGCGUACAAAUAUACCUCUUGUUUUGUUUUUGUUUUCGUUGAGUGUUGAUUCUGAGGGGUUACUGACUUACUGCAACUAAAAAUUAAACUCCUUUAGCACAACGCUGCAUUCCCCUGCACUCUAGUCUGAUGACCCUUCAUGAGAAAGCUUGUGGCAAAGCAAGGAAUUAGUCUUACAUGAUGAUAAUGUGUAAGAGACAAUUUGUCAAACAUCUUAUAGCCAAUAUAAAGAGUGUUAGUUCACUCUCAUUGGCGCAGCAAUCAAGGAUGUGUUCCACCUCUCAGAAUUCAAAGUUCAUGAUAUCGCCGGAGAAGUCCCAUCUCUACGUUUCAUUCUUCUGUACCCUCAUCCACAUCUUCCUCCGCUGCCGCCGGUUCUCGAUGGCACAUGCCGCAUUCUCCACCAUGCGGGGUUGCAAUUUGGUCCCCGACCUCCGUUUCUGGAACCGCCUAUUGCUGCAGUUCAACAUUUUCGGGGAUGUUGAUCAGGUGAUGCUUCUGUACUUUGAUAUGCUCUCUUGUGGAGUUAUUCCAAAUGUGCACACCCGAAACAUAGUGAUACAUUCUCUCUGCAAAAUAGGGAACACUGAACAGGCUAUUGAGUUAGUUAGGAAGAACGAGAGUGAUAAUGUUAGUUACAAUACUUUGAUAUGGGGCUUUUGCAGAAAGGGGCUUGUAGAGGCUGGGUUCGGGCUGGUAUGUGAAAUGGUCAAGAGGGAUAUUUCUGUUGACAAUUUCACUUGUAAUAUACUAAUCAAGGGGUUCUGCGAAAUGGGUUUGCUGCUAAAAGCAAGAUGGGUGAUGGAAAUGUUUUGUCAUGCCGAUCAGGCAAUUUCUAAAGAUAUUGUGGGGUUAAACACCAUUAUACAUGGCUAUUUUAAGGCUCAUGAAGUGAGUGAUGGUCUUGAGAUUGCAGAAGGUAUGGGUCACGUGGGUGUGUUGCCUGACAUUGUUACUUACAAUAUUUUGAUUAAUGGAUUCUGCAAAAUGGGAGAUUUUGCUACUGCCAAGAGUCUAAUGGAAGAACUCCUGGAGUAUGGUAAUGUUAACUCCACUGAAAAUUUGGAUAGAAUGUUAUUUAUAAAACCUAAUGUCAUUACAUAUACAACACUUAUAAGUAACUAUAGUAAGCAGUCCAAAAUGGAUAAAGCACUAUGUAUGUAUGAAGAGAUGACUAAGAAUGGGUUACUCCCAGAUCUUGUUACUUAUAGUUCCCUAAUACACGGACUUUGCCAAUGCGGAAGGAUUCUUGAUGCCAAACAACUCUUUGAGGAGAUGAAGAUCGUCGGGGUGGACCCUAAUCAUAUUACAUACUCUAUUUUGAUUGAUUAUUUGCUUAAACACGGGGAUGUAUGCACUGCUUCUGCCCUUCAAUGCCAAAUGGUGGUUCAUGGAAUAAGCUUUGAUAAUGUGGUAUUGACCAGUUUGAUGUAUGGGUUGUUUAAGGCGGGGAAAGCUAGGGAUGCGGAGAGAAUGUAUCAAACUUUUAUAAAUUUUAAUAUGGAUCCAAACUAUAUCACUUAUACAGCAUUAUUAGAUGGCCGGAUCAAAUCUGGAGACAUGGAGAGUGCAGAGUUUCUUUUGCAAGAAAUGGAACAGAAAAAGGUUGUGCCCAAUAUUUUUGCAUUUUCUGCUUUAAUUAAUGGCUAUGUCAAAAGGGGAAUUCCUGAUGCAGCUAUGGCUUCCAUGAAGAAGAUGGUGCACAAUAACGUCAUGCCUAACGUAUUCACUUAUGGUAAUAUGAUUGACGGGUGCUUCAAGGCUGGUAAGCAAGACGUGGCUCUUUCCCUCUAUGAGGAGAUGAAAUCAUGCGGAAUAUUAGAUAAUAAUUUUGUACUGGACGCUUUCGUAAAUAAUUUUAAAAGGCAAGGAAAGAUCGAAGAAGCAGAGGCCAUACUACGAGACAUGGUAUCUUCGGGUGUCAAACCUGAUCUUGUUAACUAUACAUCACUGAUGGAUGGGUUAUUUAAAUCAGGGAAACACUCAGCUGCUCUUGAAUUGGCCCAAGAGAUGAAAGACACAGGUUUAGGGUUUGAUACAGUUGCUUACAAUGUAGUGCUGAAUGGGCUGUUACGGAGUGGGGAAUAUGAAGUGUACUCUAUUUACAGUGAAAUGAAACGCUUUGGUUUAGUUCCUGACCUUUUGUCUUUCAACACUAUGAUCCAUGCUUGCUGCAAGGAAGGUAAACUGGAAAAAGCUUUCAAUCUUUGGAAUGAGAUUAGUGGCCAUGGACUAAAGCCCAAUUCAGUUACAUGUAAUAUUAUGCUGAGGGGACUGUGUGAAGUUGGCGAAAUCGAUAAAGUGAUGGAAUUGUUAAAUGAGAUGCAGAGAAUGGGUCUUCAGCCUACCCGAUCCAUUUAUAAAGUCUUGAUUGGUGUUGCAUCUAAAGAGAGAAAAGCUGAGAGGAUUCUAGGAAUGCAUAAACGACUCAUAAGCAUGGGACUUAAGGUUGACCAAACAGUUCACAACACCCUGAUAAGUACAUUUUGCAGGCUAGGGAUGACUGCAUGUGCAACAUCACAACUAGAGAAAAUGAGAGAAGGGGGAUUUUCCCCUGACGUUAUUACUUACAACUCAUUUAUUCAAGGAUAUUGUAAAAUAUCCGUUACUAAUAAAGCCUUAGAAACAUAUUCUAAGAUGCUUGUUGAAGGAGUUUCUCCUAAUGUUGCAACAUACAAUCAUCUUUUUGAAGGUCUUACUGCUUCUAGAAUGUUUCAAGAAGUAACUGUCUUACUUGAGGAUAUGAGGCUAAGAGGUCUUGUCCUUAAUGCUAACACAUUUGACACUUUAGUCUCAGGGUAUGGAAAGAUGGGAUAUAAAAAGGAAGCCAUAAUGGCCUACUGUGAAAUGAUAACAAAAGGCUUUGUCCCUCGUAUUAGUACUUAUAAUGUGCUUAUGAGUGAGUUUGCCAAGGUUGGGAAGAUGAAACAAGCUCAAGAACUCAUGCUUGAGAUGCAAGGUAGGGGAGUGCAACCAAAUGCUUCAACAUAUGACAUACUUGUUUCUGGAUGGUGCAAGCUAUCGAAACAUUUACAACUUGAUAGAUAUUUUAGAGUGUCUUGCCAUGCUGAGGUGAAGAGGUUACUUCAUGAGAUGAAUGAAAAAGGCUUUACUCCAAGUGAAUCCACUCUUUCUCACAUAAGUCCUGCUUUGGGAAAACCACGAAAACAAUCCCCCUGGUGAUUGGAUGAUUUUUUUACCAGGGAAAAGUUAGUUGACUCAAAGGCAUUUUUCAUGGCGCAUGGCGCUAUGGAAACGACCACUUUUUUAUGGAGAUGGCGCAUAUGGCGUGCACCAUAUCUCGUCAUUGACUACUGUUUAUGGGGAAACUGACCUGAACUCUAGGAUUGGUUAUGUUUGGAAUUUAGUAAGAAAAUGUUGCAUGCCUAGCAGCAGAAGUUGUUGUGGAGAAGGCCUAUUAUAUUGACAUGAAGGUAUGCUAGCAUUGCUACUGCAGCUGCAAUACCUUUUGAUGUCAUAUCUCUGCUGUAACAUUUAGGUGAUUAGGUCUUGUUUGUUUAGGGGUUUUUUGGACGGUAGAAGAGGAUCAAUCUUUAUUAACUAAUUUAUAUUUACCUGUUAGCAUUACACCAGAGACUAACUUAUAUAUUUGGUUAAAUCAUGUACUCACUCUGUUCUCCAACAAGUCCCUGUUAAGUAAAAACAUUUUAUUCACAAAUAACUUUCCAUUGAGCAUAGAUGUAGAGUAAAUCUUUUCGAAAUGACUAAAUUACUCUCCUAUAAUUAUUUCACAACUUCACGUUUGCCUUUUUACUCUUAGUACCCAUAAAUAAUACGGGUAUGCUAGUUAAAGAAUGACAACUGGAUAGCUAUUUGAAAAUGGAGGGUUUAUAUUUCAGCCAGCAUGCCAGAAUUUUUUACUACGUUUGUCUUUAUUUGUUCAAAUUUGUGUGAUUCAAAUUUUACGGUUUCAACUUCUUGAUUACUGUUCUUGUAUAAUACGAAGUAGAACGUUGUAUCUCGAAUUACAUAUAUUCUUGGUGACAAAUAAUCUUCCAACCAAAUACACAUUGGAGUAUGAAUCUUUCAUAUUUAUAGAAACGGGAACGAAAGUGUAGGAAGCUGUGCAUCUUAUUUGAGAUAACCUGUUUCUUGGCCUAGUUGUCUAAUGUGAGGAUUCUUACUCAGUAUUCAAAACAUUUAAUUUUUAUCUUUUGUUUCUCUAUACUAAUUUCACCUUGCCAAGUUUGAUAAGUUAUUAUCAGUCUCCUCUGAACUAACUUACAAAAGAUAUGGUUUCGUUAAGAUUAAAGAAGCAAAAUACUUUCAUGAUUCCAGUACUGAUGCCCUAUGUAAAUAAUAUUUCUUUCGUAGGAGCAAUGUCAUUGAAGCUAGUGAAGUUGAGCCAUUAGGAUUGAUGACUCAUCCCAAUAUAAAGCUUCCUAAGAAUAGGCGUUCACGGAAGCAGUUUUUCACUGCAGGUUCUUUGGACAGAUUUUAUAGAGGCAAAAGGCUUAUUUCGAAGAAAUUGAUGAGUUCGAACUGGAAGUGGAUGAAGAAUGAGAAUGAUUAUUCGAAGAGUAGAAGAGGGGUGUGGAGCACGUUAUUUUGUUUGUAAUCUAUAUCUAAUGCGCGAGACAUAUGUACAGCUCGAAAAAAAAAUGAUGUGUAUAUUUCUUAAACAGGAUAGAAAAGUUAGAGCAUUUGGUAUUACAUCCCGCAAAUUAUAUUGUGGGAUCGGCCCUCCGUGCGGACGGUGUCCUGAUUCUAAAUCCAUAGUGCCCUAGCAGGCUAGCAUAUUCGAUUUGGAGCUAGAAAGAAGCAUUGGAAGUUGUUG